AUGGCCUCAUUAGAUUUCACUCCAGAAUAUAAAGACGAAGAAGUCUAUUCUCUUGCUGGAAAAUCAUUGAAAUUUGACACUAAAGAAGAUAUUGAACCAUAUUUAAAAGAAUUGAAUGCUUUGAAAAAUGUUAAAAAAUUGGAUUUUUCAGGUAACACCAUCGGUAUUGAUGCUUCAAAGCAUUUAGCUGACUCUAUUGAUUUACAUAGAGACACUUUAGAAGAAGUUAACUUUGCUGAUUUGUUCACUGGGAGAUUAAAAGAUGAAAUUCCAAAAUCUUUAGAAUUUCUAUUACCUGCAUUAGCAAAAGCUCCAAAUUUACAUAUUAUCAACUUAAGUGACAAUGCUUUCGGUUUGCAAACCAUUGAACCUGUUGAGGACUUCAUUGCUAAGGCUGUUUACUUACAACAUUUGAUCUUAUCAAAUAAUGGUAUGGGUCCAUUUGCCGGUGAACGUAUUGGUAAAUCAUUGUUUAAAUUGAGUUUGGCAAAGCAAAAAUUAGGCCAACCUUCAUUGAAGACUUUCAUCUGUGGUAGAAAUAGAUUAGAAAAUGGCUCAACCACCUAUUUAUCAAUUGGUUUGAAAGCUCAUAAAGAUUUACAAGUUGUUAAAUUAUAUCAAAACGGUAUUAGACCUCAAGGUAUUGCUAAAUUGAUCUUGCAAGGUUUAAAACAUAAUACUAAAUUGACUAUCUUGGAUUUACAAGAUAAUACAAUCACCAAAAAAUCUGCCAAAGUUCUUGCUGAUAAUUUGUCUAUUUGGAAAGAGUUGAAAGAGUUGAACGUUAAUGAUUGUUUAUUGAAUCCUUUGGGUUCUUUAGAAUUGGUUAAAGCUUUCAAUGCGGGAGAAUCAUUACAAGGUUUCAAAACUCUUAGAUUACAAUAUAAUGAGUUAGACUCAAAAGCUUUAGAGAUUUUGAAGGAUGUUAUUGCAAAUAAAUUACCAAAAUUAGAAUCAUUAGAGUUAAAUGGUAAUAGAUUUGAAGAAGAAUCAAGUAUUGUUGAUGAAAUCAAUGCCAUCUUUGAAGAAAGAGGUUUUGGUGAAUUAGAUGAAUUAGAUGAUUUGGAAGAAUUAGAUAGUGAAGAUGAAGAAGAAGAAACUGAAAGUGAAGAAGAGGCAGAAGAAGAAGAAAUCGAAGCUGAAGUUCUCGAAAAAGAAUUAGAACAAGAACAAGAAAACUACACUGUCGAUAAUGAUAACAAACAAGUCCAAGACAUUGCAGCUGAACUAGAGAAAACUCAUAUAUAG